AUGAAGGUUAUUAUAGCUGGAGCAGGGAUUGCUGGUCUUUCUGCAGCAAUUGGACUCCGAAGAGCUGGUCAUGAAGUAUUGAUCCUUGAUAAAUCCUCUUUAUCCCACGAAGUUGGCGCUGCUAUCCGUGAGCACUCUCUAUACAAUCACCACGAUAGCUAUUAUAGAGAGAGAACUGAACGUAAUUUAGAUGUUCAGCCCAAUGCCUCUCGAAUCGUCGCUCGAUGGGGCUUCGAUGUUAAAAGAGCUCGUCUCGUGACUGCCAAAUCGAUUACUCUCUUCAUGGGAGACAACCUUCAUGUGUAUGAAAAGAUAGACUUGUCUAAUAUUGAAGAUGAAUAUGGCUCCGGAUACUUCUUCAGUCAUAGGGUUGAUUUACAUAACGAGUUGAAACUACUGGCUACGGGGAUAGAGGGAGAGGGAAAGCCGGCUGUGAUUCAGAAUAGGUGUGAGGUUGUCGGUUAUGACACGAUAAACGGAUCAGCGAUCCUCGCAGAUGGAACGAUCAUGACAGCCGAUUUGAUCGUCGGAGCUGAUGGUAUACAUUCAUCCGCCGUAAAAGAAGUUACGGGAUAUGAGACUCCAGCCGUUCCCACGAAAAUCUCUUGCUUUCGAUGUCUCAUGCCCGUUCAGGAGAUUCGAGACGAUCCUGAAUGUGCAUCUUUCAUGGAAGCAAUGGAAGGGAAACUCUGCAUGUUCACUUCCCCAAAAGACGGUCGUCAAAGAAUUGUCUGGUAUCCCUACUGGAACAAUAACGUCCCUACCGAAACCCUCCUAAACGAACUCGACGAUUUUCAUCCCACCCUUCGCACUCUACUAUCCAAGGCAAAAGAUGUCCGACUCUGGAAACUUCUUUUCAGAGCCCCGCUACCCACCUGGCAUAAGGGUAAACUCGUCGUAAUCGGCGAUGCGGCACAUCCCAUGUUACCUUACCAAGGACAAGCCGGUGCCCAAGCCAUCGAAGACGGCUGCGCCCUCGGCAUCCUCUUCUCCAAUCUGCCCAACACGAACCCUGAAACCAUUUCCAGCCGCCUCACCAGUUUCGAAAACGUAAGAAGAAACCGAGCGAGUGCAAUGCAGAUGUUUUCAAAUGCGGGGCCGGAUGAAGCGGAGAAAGUAAAGGAGAGUGUGAGGGGUUUUAUGGAGGAGGGGGUGGUUAUUCCUUGGCAAGAAGAUAAAGAUGGUAAAGAUGGUGUGGAGAACGAAAAAUGCUAA